CUUUUUUUAUGGUAGAAAAAUGUUGCUCACGUGGAUUGGGUCUCUCGAUACUGACAUGCCGUGAUAUACCCUCCACUGCAGUUCUUUCUCUCUUUUGUUAUUGAAUUUAUUAAAAUUGCACACCGAAUCAUUAUUCACAGGUGUUUACCAGAGAAAUAUUAUUGUAAACGCAUUGAAUUUCAUUUUCUCAGGUGCAAGGCCACUUAGUUUACAUUCCCAGUUAACUGUCCUUCCAAUGGCUCUUCUUCAACCUCUGCACAGUUAUCUUCCACCUAAGCUGUCUGGAAUGGGAGGAAUUAAUAUGUCAAAGUCAUCAAGAGAGCGGACCUGGCCUAAUUGCGUUUCUGAAAGAUUUCAACCUCGGGGUAUGACAUCCUUUGUUUGUUUGUUUCAAAAGGUGGGACCUACAAUGAGCAAGCCUUCACAAAUUCAUCAGGCCUCAUCUGGUGUAAAUGCUGAAACAAGUAAACUGGACGAAAGUGAUGACAAGUCUGAAGUCUACAGCUCUGAUAUGUCAAAUGCAAUGGGAGCUGUAUUGACAUACAGACAUGAACUGGGAGUAAAUUACAACUUUGUUCUUCCUGACCUGAUUGUGGGCUCAUGCCUUCAGACCCCUGAAGAUGUCGACAAACUGCAGGAAAUAGGGGUGGGCACGAUAUUUUGUCUACAAAAAGAUUCUGAUCUUGACUACUUUGGAGUUGACAUCACUGCUAUUCAAGAACGUGCUAAAGAAUGUGAUGGGAUUCAGCAUAUACGUGCUGAAAUAAGCAGAGAUUUUGAUCCAUUUGAUUUGCGCAUGAAGCUUCCCUCAGUGAUUGCAAAAUUAGAAACAGCUAUUAGAAAUGGUUGUGGAAUAACUUAUGUGCAUUGUACAGCUGGACUUGGUAGAGCUCCUGCAGUUGCGCUAUCAUAUAUGUAUUGGAUUCUAGGUUACAAACUUAGCAAGGCCAACAAACUAUUACAGAAUGUACGCAAAUGCUGUCCAAACAUUGAGGCUAUCAAGAGAGCAACUGCCGACAUUAUUAUCGGUGGAGAUAAGCAGGAAGUUAUAUUGAAGUGGCAAAAGAGACCUUGCACUAAUGUGGAAGUUUCGGGUCUGGAUGUUGGAUGGGACCAGAGGCUUCCACUAGUGUUUGAUGAAACAGAAGGGUAUUGGGUGCUACAUCGUGAUCUACCUUUUGGACGCUAUGAGUAUAAAUAUGUAAGUGAUGGAAACUGGGUUUACAAUACUGAUGAACUAGUAACCCAGCCAAAUGUGGAUGGUCACGUGAACAACUACAUAGAGGUCAAAGAUGAUCAUCUAGAUGAUAUGAGCAAAGAAACAAUACAGCGGUUGAUGAAUGAUGAUGCUGAUCUCACAGAAACUGAACGUAAAAUCAUACGUGAGAGGCUUGAAGCUCUUUCAAAUUAGAUUAGCCUACAAAAUUCAGAUCCAUUGUCUUAUAUUUGCAAUACACCCAGAACUCUUGACCUCCUCAUGGAGUGCCAAUUAUCAAAUUUUAGUUUAAAAUUACAUUUCAUUAGGAAAGGAAAGAAAAGAAAAGUAAAACUUAUCAGCAAUACGAUAUUCUUUGAUUUAUCUUCAGCUCUAUCUCUAAGCAAUUAUUAUACAGAUUGAAUACAUUCAAGCGAUUAUGGUAGAAAGAUAGUGUCCAACAAUUGAAACAAGGUAAUGAAUAUUUUAUCAGCAUUUUAUUCAUACCAA